AUGUCAACCACACCCCCUGCCCAGCCUACGAACCCUCUCAAGCUCGACCCCAAAUACGACGACUAUGACUACCCCACGACGGCUCCCGUAGCUCAGUCAGGCCACCCGGGCCACACGACGCCGGAGCAGGAUGCGCAGGUGUCGCAGCUGCGGAUGAUGUUGGAGGCGUUAGGGUAUUCGGAGCGGUUGGAUACGUUGACUUUGCUGAGAUUUUUGAGGGCGAGGAAGUUUAAUGUUGAAGCUGCGAAGGCCAUGUUCGUUGCUUGCGAGCAAUGGAGAGCAGAGUUUGGGACGAAUACGUUGGUGACGGAUUUUCAUUAUACGGAAAGGGAGCAGCUGUUCCAAUACUAUCCGCAGUAUUAUCACAAGACCGAUAAGGAUGGACGACCCGUUUACAUCGAACAGCUUGGCAAAAUCGAUCUCACGGCCAUGUACAAAAUCACCACGGGCGACCGCAUGCUGAAAAACCUCGUCUGCGAGUAUGAAAAACUUGCUGACCCCCGCCUUCCCGCCUGUGCACGCAAAUCCGGCCACCUCCUCGAAACAUGCUGUACCAUCAUGGAUCUCAAGGGCGUCGGAAUUACCAACGCCGGCUCCGUCUUUGGGUACAUCAAACAGGCCUCCGCCAUCUCGCAAAACUACUACCCCGAACGCCUAGGAAAACUAUUCAUCAUCAAUGCACCCUGGGGCUUCAGCACCGUUUUUAGUGUGGUCAAGGGCUUCUUGGACCCCGUGACUGUUAAGAAGAUUCAUGUUCUGGGGUCCGGAUACGAGAGCGAGUUGUUGGCCCAUGUCCCGGCGGAAAAUUUGCCGAAGCAGUUUGGCGGAACUUGCGAGUGCGCUGGGGGCUGCCCGUGGAGCGAUAUGGGUCCAUGGCGCGAGCCGGAAUGGGCUAAACCGCCGAAGUGGGCAAAGGCUGAAGAGAAGACCGAAGUCAAGACCGAAGAGAAGGCUGAUGAUGAUAAGAAGGAGGGAACGGAAAAUGCUAAUAAGGAGACGGAUGCUGCUGCUGCCACUACUGCCGCACCGGCAGAUACUACUCCCGCACCGGAGAAGAAAGACCAGGCUCCGGCGUGA